AUUAUCUCCCGUGACCCGUCACAAUUUUAUCGUUAUUCAAAACUUAACAAAGUGAGCACAUAAGAUUGCGAAAAUGAAUUUAUGUAGAGCGUGUUUGUCUUCGGACAAGGAAUUGUUUCCUUCUGAUGAUAAUUUUGCUUGCAAUUACAACUUGCUAACUAAUAUAAACGUCAAAUAUUCUGAUGGGAAGCCACAAUCUUUUUGCCAAAAUUGCAUAGAAGCCGUCAACUGUUUCAUGGAGUUCAGGAAUAAAUGUAUUUCUGCUGAACAGACAUUGCUAGGAAUAGUGGAGCAGGCACUUAAAGCUAAGUCUCAUGACAUUAAAAUCGAAAUAAAGUGUGAAACUGAAGAUUUUGCCACUGAUACUUAUUUUGAUGAUGAGCUUCAUGACUCUGCUGAGAAAGUUGGAGUUGAGAUUAAAAAGGAAUGUAACAAUUAUGUUAAAGAAGAAAGGCCUGCUAGACGGUGUAAGAAAAAGAAGAUAAAAAAAGCAAAAAAGAAAGAUAGUUUCAGCACGCUCACAGCAACCUCUGUUCAACUGACCAGCAAUAUUCCUAUGUGUGGGUUAUGUGGUAAAGAAUUCAAAGACGCAGCCACACUAAGCAAGCAUGUAGAAGAGCAUGAGAUUGCCCAGGGCUGCAAGUUCUGUCAGGCCUCGUUUGACCAUCGCGCGCAGCUGUUCGCGCACCGCAUACUGCACACGGUGCACAGCCAGGGAUGCCAUCUGUGCGCCAUUAGAUUCAAGUCGCAUGCCAAUUUGGAGUUCCAUUAUAGGAAGAUACAUUAUGGGGAAAAGAAUGCUCUGCUGAAAUGUGAUUUGUGUGUAAAAAAGUUCACUUCUCCUAGAAAAUUAGCAAAACACAUAUGGGGCUUGCAUGGUAAUAAGGAAUUCACCUGUGAUAUUUGUUCCAAAAAGUUUAGUAACAAGGCCAAUCUGAAAACCCACGUGUUGAGCCACAGCGACGUCAAGCCGCACGUGUGCGACCUCUGCGGGUACAGCAGCAAAUAUGCCUCGGGUCUCACGGCUCACAAUAUUCGGCGGCACGCGCCCACCAAGUGCAUCUGCAAGAUAUGCGGCAACGCGUACAGCGACGCCGAGAGACUCGCGCGGCAUUCCUGCACCGACACCAGUCAGAUAUGUCCCGUGUGCGGCAAGAACGUGCGGCGCGGGCUAAUCCGCCACAUGCGAACCCACACUUCAGAACGUCACUUCAAGUGCGAGCGCUGCCCCGCCACAUACAAGAGCCGCUCGGCCCUUAAAGAACACCGCGACAAGCACGACAAUAACCCCACCCAGCAGUGCGAGUACUGCCACGCUCGGUUUUAUUCCGGCUCCGUGCUUAUCAAGCAUCGCCGCGUACAUACCGGUGAAAAACCAUACGCCUGCACCAAGUGCGAUAUGCGGUUCACCGGCGGCUACAACCUCAAGCUGCACAUGAAGGUCCACGGCGAGAACCUUGUCAACAAGAGGAAUAAAGAACAGGAUGUUUAGCUUACUGCUAGUACUAAAACAAACCAUACACCUGCACCAAGUGCAUGGUUCACCGGCGGCUACAAUCUUAAGCUGCACAUGAAGUUCUAUGGCGAGAACCUUGUCAACAAGAGGAACCAGAAACAAGAUGAAUAGCUAGUACUAAAACAAACCAUACA